UAGAUGUGUGCGCCUCUGGGUGCUACCAACUAAGCGUUGAUCGCCUUGGCUUAUUCAACCCCAAAGCAUUAAAACAGGGAAGGGGAGCAAGCCAUUCGCCCGGCUUCUGUUUAUUUCAGGGCAUUUGGAAGGCAGGCAAGGCAGGGGUGUCGGUGACGGUUAUGGAACGAAAAGGGUGGUAGCGGCAUUCAUGUGCAUCCACCGGCUAAGGCACUCCGCCGGCAGUUAGGCGUGUAGCGGAUGAUCGUCAUUGUCAUGCAAAAUGUGGGGAGGACCCAAGAAGAGCCAGGAAGACAAUGAUUCGUGUCUUUGUUACAAGCUAUAAGCCAGUGGAUGAGCCAAGUGAGAAGCUUUAUUAUGUUUAUGUUCUUGAAGUUAUCAAUAAUGGUAGAUGCCACAAAGUAGAAAGAAGAUACAGCAGUUUUCUCUGUUUGCACAAGCAGCUGCGUAAGACGCACCAGACGCCGGAGUUUCCGCCGAAGCGCGUGAUCCACAACACGGUGAAGGUGCUGGAGCUGCGGCGCGCCGCGCUCGAGGCCUACCUGCAGACCCUGCUGCUGAUCGAGCCGACGCCGCGGCCGCUGCUCGACUUCCUCGGCGUCCAGCCGCAGCCCAGCCUGAUCGAGGUCGAGUGUCAGGAGGUGAGCCACCAGCCGCUGCUCGCCUUCCGGCCCAACAUCCAUCUGGAGGGCGGCGCCGGCCGCACUGGCGACAUCGUCACCGAAGGCGUGCUGACCGGCCUGUACGGCCGCUAGUGGUACGCCAUGACGCCGCUGCGUCUGCGCCAGCUGUUCACGUUCGCCCUGCUCUGGGUCGGCUACGCGCUCACCUACUUCCUGCGCAA